UUGAAAUAAACAUUUAUUUUUUUACCAAACUUUCAGAGUGGCCUAAUUUGAUUAGAUUUAGAGUAUUGCAUUUCUGUGUUGGGCUGACUUGUUUAAGAUAUGAGGAUGGGGGAGACAGCUGCCAUCAACUCACCUGUGGCAUCCCUGGUGUUUCCUGUUAUUGUGAAGUCAGUGCUUUCCAAGGUUGAACGUGACCAUGGGUCAGCUGGACAGAGUCUGCGGGCUGUGUUGAGUAGAGCAGAAAGCAAUAACCCUGGCUUGAUGUAUCAACUUAUACAUCAGUUGGCUGCCAGGGCUGGUCUGCCUCCACAGAAUGCUGCUCUCUAUGCUGCCGUCCUCAGAUUCCAGGCCAAUGUCACUCCAACUGAGGAUAGUGAAUACCGCAUCACCAGAACCGAGGAACGCUUCCAGGAGCUCAACAAGAAGAGUGCCAGUCUGAAGAGAAUACUGGCAAGAAUACCUGAUGAAAUUACAGACAGAAAAACUUUCCUCGAGACAAUCAAGGAGAUUGCGAGCGGCAUCAAGAAGCUGCUGGACGCGGUGUCGAGCGUAGCCGAGUUCAUACCAGGACCUCAGGGCAAGCAAGCGCUCGAGCAGAGGAAGAGAGACUUUGUUAAGCAUAGCAAACGCUUCAGCAACACACUCAAGGAAUACUUCAAGGAAGGACAAGCAGAAGCUGUGUUCCUGAGUGCGGCGUGUCUCAUCCACCAGACCAACCUCAUCAUGCUAACCGUCAAGGACAAGUGCGAGUAGACUUGAUCCUGACACCACAAGUUGCUCCCAACCCCAGCCGUGACGAAUAACAAAUUAUUUCAUUUUAAUCACAGAACCGUCUAUAUAAAAGAAGCAUCUGCAAAAAUAAAAAUGUUUAGUCAAAAAGCAUCUGAUAAAAUUAUAACAACAAUACUUGAUGCUACGGAAAAGUUGAACAGUGAACUUUAAAACUCAUCAAAUUCUAUGCUGGAGUAACUGAAGCUUUAUGCCAAUCAUUUUCACACUUGAAGCUCUGUCUUAAUUUCUUUUAUCAUGUUCUUGUUGCAAAACAAUAUCACGUCGUUUAUAAUGUUUAUCAUGUCGUUGCAAAAAAAAAAAUAAUAAUAAAAAUAAACUUGGAUCUGAACAGAUUUUGUCUGUACGACCAUCAGCAAAGUGCUUUGGGAAGCAAGGUCUUAGAUACAUGUUGUAGCAUGUUUUGAUCCCACAUCUCCGAAGAGAUUCACAGCUGAGUACAUGGAAAACACGCAUGUAUACUAAUGUUAGUUUUUUUUAUUUUUAGUCACAUGUUGCAUAACGAUGUACUUGAAACAUUGAAGCAGGAAUCAUACGUUGCUCUUUUUAUUGUUAGAUUAGUGUUUUUUCGUUCAUUUUUGGGACGCCGACGUUGACUGAUGUGCUGGCUCUUUUUUUGUCCUGCACAGUUAGAUUGGGCAAGUCUUUAGUCUUGUGCUGCGGAGAAUCCCUUAAAUAUGAACAAUAAAGGAGGGAUAACCGCAUUGUUGCGGAUAUAUUAAAUAUUUCAAAUGCAUUAACCAGAAACAUAUUCUAUUAAUUAAGUUGUCUAUGCGAUGUAUAUGUUUAUAUUUUAAUGAUUUUUAUAGGCUUAGGUGAACCAUAACUUAUUCCGCAAUGCUGAUACAGCUUUUUUCCAAGUUAUUAAUUUUGUGGUGCCAAGAAGCAUGCCCUGCAGCUGUGAUCUCGGAAUUCUAAGCGAGGUGAUUUGCUCAGCCAAGAGCAACAAGUGUUAAGAUAGUUUUAUUUUAUCUGCGUUUUUCACUGAUAGAUUUUUUUUUUCAUUUUCAUUUGCUACGAUUGUUUAUGUGCAAUACCACUUUGAUUAUCAGUUGCUUUUUUUAACCGUGAUUACAAAAUGGUGUUAAUGAAGCUAUACCAAACAUUCCUUCCUUAAUUAGUAAUCUGUAAUCUUAUUGAUUUGUCUGUACUCCUGUUGAUUCAUUCAAUGAUGAGAACGAUUAUCAAUUAUUAAAUGUAUGUAUCGAAUGCA